AGCACCAGCAGCCAUUUCAUCUCCGGCACCGAGUAGGCGCAAAAAAUGGCAGAAAUGGAGAAAGAAGGGAGACCUCCCGAAAAUAAAAGGAGCAGGAAGCCGGCGCACCCGGUGAAGCGGGAGAUCAACGAGGAGAUGAAGAACUUUGCAGAAAACACUAUGAAUGAGCUCCUUGGCUGGUAUGGUUAUGAUAAGGUUGAACUGAAAGAUGGAGAAGAUAUUGAAUUCAGGAACUACUCAGCAGACGGGGAAAGCCGCCAGCACAUUUCUGUUCUCAAAG